CUUUGAAACUGUUCAACGGUUGGUUAAUAUCUGGGGGUUAAUAUAGCAUUUCAGGCGGUGCAUCUCCAUCAAAAUCUCCAUAAGCACUAAAUGUUCCUCUGCCUUGUGUGUUCCUUACAAUGCCAAGCAAUGUCGCAAAAUACCUGAAGUUUCCCUAUGUUCGAGUGCCGAAGCGAGCAAACAUUUUAAUUCUAUUGCUGUUGUUAUUGGUUUCAGCUGCUACUCUGUCUAUACUAUUCAUAUCUCAUAUGCAUGUCAAAAAUGGCACAAAGCCCAAACGGCAAACUGCGGUGCUUGUUCAAGAGUCUCAGUUCAUGUUGCGUGACAACAAAACUGGCCGUCUUGUAUGGGAUAUGAAGGAGAUGAAACGCCUUCACGGCACCCGACGUCCUGUUCAUACCACCAGUCGUAUUCCAGCGAUGGCAAAAAUCGUCCAAAAUAAGCGCAGUAUGGGUGCUGAGCAAACAAAUCAGGUGAAAUUUGAUAAAUAUUUCAAGAUGGCUGACCCACGUCUGCCCCCACUAUCGCCCAGCUGGCUGGCGGAAAGGGAGGCCGUCUUCGAGCAACGCUCUAACCGGAUAGCGAACGUGUGCCGCGCCUACGACGUGCGCAUCGGACGCGGCAACGUGACCAGCCGGCCCGGCGUCGGGCCCGUGGAGCGCAUCAACGGCGACCACUUCGUCUCGGUACCGGCGCUGAACGUGACCGCCUGCCUGCUGGCUAAGGUGGCGUCCACAUCACUCCUCUCCACGCUGCUGAGGGUGACGGGGAAGGAGGUGCCGCAGUUGGAAGGUAACCGCACCAGCCUGCACGCCGCGGCCGGCGCGCUGCGGCUGCCACCCUCCCAGCUGGGCGCCAUGCUGCACCGGUCGCUGACCGUGCUGCUGGUGCGCCACCCGCUGCGUCGACUGGUCGCCGCCUACCGCGACAAGAUCGCCGGCCGACCCAACUGGCCGAUGCUGCACCACUUUGAGUUUCUCAAGUUCGGCUCUGCGCCAAAGUCGCAGCUCGGUCGGGAGCUGCGCGACGCGGAGAUGCAGGAGCACCGUCGCGAGGCGCUGAGCCGUGACGGUGUGCCCACGUUCGGCGAGUUCCUAGCGGUGGCGCUGCUGGGCGACCGGCCGCUGCGGGACGCCCACUGGGCGCCCUACUGGCGCUACUGCGCCCCCUGCCACGUCCGCUACCGCAUGGUCGGCCAGCUGGAGACGGCCGGCGACGACCUGCGCUACCUGUGGCACGCGCUGCGCCUCUACUACUGGGUGCAGAUCCCGUGGCUGCACCGCUCGCGGCCCGAGCAGCAGCCAGAGGAGGGCCUGCAGAGCCUGGCCGACACCUACCUGCGGCCGCUCGAGCGGCCCAUCAUGAUGGCCUUCAAACGAGAGUACAAACUCGACUUUGAUCUGUUUGGAUACGACUGGGCCGGUCUGAUGAGGAUGUCGGGACACUGUGUCAUCGGAGAUACAGGAUGUGACCUGCUGUAAUUGAGCGUUGGUCUUUCGAGAUCAAUGCUCACCUUGAUAUACUACGCUUUAGGAAUUAAACGUUAUCAAUCAAGAUUGUCUGAAUCAUAAUGAUACCUUUCUUCACUGAAAGACUGCGUAUGCUUGUGUCGUGUUAAUGACUAAGAGUGAUCUAUGAGAAACAUUGUCUGCUGAAAGAAUAUGAGCCAAUGCAAUGCAAUGUGACGUGUAACCCUAAUACAGAUACAGAUACAGAUGUGUAUUCACGAAUGAUCCACA